UCUCAACUAAACAAACGUCAUGACGUGACAUUACAAAGAGUGAGCUCCAACAGAUUGCUGCUCCAGUGUGUCGGUGGUGAAUCAUCAACGAUAUCAUGAGAUGGAUUUCCCCGUGGAGGCAACAGUACAUUUGAAUAGUUUCCCCAAUAAAAACAAGGUGAGACAAAUCCUCUGCUCAAAUGGCUUCGAGUUGAAAGAGAUGGGACGCGAUCAGGUGCGCGUCAAGGGGUCGUUUCUGAAACUUAAAGCAGUGAAGGCCUCUUUGGAGCAAUUUUUACAAUCUAAACCAGACGUCGCUCCAUCCUCACCCUCACGGGCUCUGAAGGUUUCCUCAGGAGCCAUUCCCAAACACUACGCCAACGCUCAUGGUACUACAGGCCGAUCAGGAUCCCCCAAAAAGUCUCCACAUGCUUCUCCAUCUUCACCCACAAUUAUGUCACCUUUUGCAUCCGGAUCCAAUCGUCCGAUCUCUCCAGAGCACAGGAAUUCUUUUUCUCCAAGGCCGGACCGAGGUGGCUCGUUCAGGCCGGGAAAGGAAUCCUUUCUGGUUGAUGCUGAUGUGUUUUUGUACGCAGAGCAGCUCAGGAAAAGAGACAUUGACUGCAUCCUGGAGGGCCAUAAUGUCAAAAUGCAAGCCGAGGAAGAUACUGAAGACAGCUGCACGAUCACUUUGAUGGGAAAGAGUGCAAGAAUAGCUGUGGGGAAACUCCAGAGUCUCCUGGAUGAUCUCGGAAAAUCACUGCGCACUCAGGAGGUUCCUCUGAGGGACCUGGAUCACGAGGGCCGAGAUCUUUUAGAGCGCAUUCGGAAACAUAAAAACAUUUUUGAUUCAGUGCUCGUGCGUGAGAAAAGUGACCGACUCCACCUCGUCGGAGGGUCUGGUGAGAGCUACAGCUUGAAGCAAAGGCUGCUGAGGAAAUCGUCUGACCAGUCAGGACGCACCGGGAGGACGCUGGAUAGAAACUCCAGAGGGAGAAGCAGCUCUUUGCCACCAAUCAGUCGCAGGAACACAGAAAUAGAAAGGGGUGCUAAUGCUAAUCAAUCGCCUGCGGGUGCUGCGGGCUACUCUCCGUCAAAGUACCAGGAUGAUGAACAGAAACAUGUCGGGACCGAGAGGGCAGCUGCUACUCGUUCUGGUUCAGGCGGAUCUUCUAGGAGAAGAAGCCAAUCAGAGUCCCGCAAAAAACCCAAGCCAGAGAAGACGAAUGGACCGCUGCAAGAAAGAGCAAACAAUCGAACUCCUGCUAAACUACCCAAGACACUCAAGCAGUUACUAACUGCAAAGACAGAAGAUAUAAAGCAGAAGUUUAAAAGUAGCUUGAGUAUUAGAAAGAAAAAAUGAGCCUGGACUUGACAGCACUGAGACCUUCUUUUUCUCUAUUUUUGACCUUGAUAAUUUUUAUUUGAAGUUUGAAAUAACAUUGCAUAUGAAACUUAAAGGCUUUAUAUGUGAUUUUUUUGAUCC